ACUGUAGGCUAGGCUUGAGGAGUGCUAACCGACCAGUCGCUGACCGCCACCUGAGGAAGUGAUAUUAAGGUGCUUACUUCCUGCUAAUCAACAAUGUACAACUCAGUCUCGAUUGCAGAGGACAUCUAUUGAAAUUCGCCGAGCUGUUGUCGAUUAUCAGCUGUGAUAGGCCGUGCUUCAUAACCCCUUGCGAGCCCCAGUGACGUGUCGUUAGCCAGGAAAAAACAUAAUGUGCGCCGCCGUGCGGAAUGUUUGUUUCGCCCCACCACCAAGCGAACUACUAUCUUCCUACAAAGUUGAAUAGGGGAGACUAAGUCACAGCACAGUCGGAGCAUAGGCCGCGAUUCUGUGCAAAUAAAGUUGGAAGAUAUUCGUGGUUUGUCGUUCCUAGCGAUGCGAGAACUCGUCAAAAGUUAUGAAAUGUGGAACUGUACAACUGAAAAUCUGGAUCACGUUGUCAUUGUAUGGAAGGAGAAUGAUAAUCAUUACCAAUCUCGAUUAUCCGGGCGUUGGGCAACGGCCAAACCAUUCGACCUCGAUAGUCUUUCUACCUCCGAGACCAUCCCCAUUCCCAUGCAUAUUUUCAAGGGCCGUUGGCAUCCAUCUUUAACCGAAUCACCUCCUGUGGCUCCCACAGACUCUUUUUUGAAAUGUCCCUGCAUAAUCCUGCCUGACGACUACGACGCAGACGAGCCAGGCUUGUGGACACCUGGAGACGAUCUCAUCAAGGAGGCCAAAGUCUACGAAAUCCUACAGCAGCACCCUCACCCUAAUAUUUGCGUUUACUAUGGAUGCGUUCGUGACGGUGACCACAUCACCGCCAUAUGUUUGAAAAAGUACACACGCAAUCUCAUGGAAGCAGUUUGGAAAAGCGAUCCCACCCUGAACCCUGCUGCGAUUCUUGAUGGUAUUUCGAAAGGGCUAGCUUUUCUACAUGAGACGCUUGGUCUUGUGCACAAUGAUAUCAACCCCGCUAACAUCAUGCUUGAUGAUGCGGGAGUUCCUGUAAUAAUCGAUUUCGACUCUUGCAUACCAAUUGGGGAGGAGAUAGUGAUGAACUGCAAGGGGGGUACAAUUGACUGGACAGUGGAGCCAAUGCCGACCAUUGCUCUUCCAGAAAAUGAUAUAUAUGGCCUGACACAGAUUGACGAAUUCAUGAAAGGAAGACGAUCAUAGAUAUUGUGCCAAUCGUUUAGAGGAAAGAGGGUCAAUCUGAAAGGUGGUAUCCGACUGAAACGCUGCAAUGCGUGGGUCAGCGUUUGCGCAACGAAGGUCAGGGAGGUGGUAUUUAUACUUGCUGUCCCAAGGGCAGGCUCGCAUUUCAAAUAAAUAAAUUGACG